CGGUAUAUUUAGAACAUGGCGGCCAAACGCAAAAUCGAAAGUCAGUUACCGGCAGAAGAAAGCGAUAUUCUUCAGAUUAGACCCCUUGGUGCUGGUCAAGAAGUGGGCAGAUCAUGUCAUCUUUUAGAGUUCAAAGGGAAAAAAAUCCUGCUGGACUGUGGCAUCCACCCAGGUAUGAGUGGAAUGGCGUCACUGCCAUACCUAGAUAUGAUAGAACCCGAGGAAAUUGAUCUUAUGCUUGUAAGCCACUUUCAUCUUGACCAUUGUGGAGGUCUGCCAUAUUUCCUGCAAAAGACUGCCUUUAAAGGCAGAUGUUUCAUGACACAUGCAACUAAAGCCAUUUAUCGUUGGCUUCUUUCAGAUUAUGUUAAAGUCAGUAACAUAGCAUCAGAUGACCAGCUGUACACAGAUAGUGAUAUAGAAAAAAGUAUGGAGAAGAUUGAAACAGUCAACUUUCAUCAGGAAACAGAUAUAAAUGGUGUGAGGUUUUGGUGUUACUCUGCUGGUCAUGUCUUGGGUGCAGCCAUGUUCAUGAUUGAAAUAGCUGGUGUAAAGAUUUUGUAUACUGGAGACUACUCUAGACAAGAAGACAGACAUUUGAUGAGUGCAGAAAUGCCUAAUGUAAAACCUGAUAUUGUUAUCAUUGAAUCAACAUACGGAACACACAUCCAUGAAAACAGAGAAGAGAGAGAACAUCGAUUUACUAGCUUAGUUCAUGACAUUGUCAACAGGGGUGGGCGGUGCUUAAUUCCUGCAUUUGCCUUGGGCAGAGCACAAGAACUGCUGCUCAUUCUAGAUGAAUAUUGGAGCAACCACCCAGAGCUGCAUGACAUCCCUAUAUACUACGCUUCUCAGUUGGCCAAAAAAUGCAUGAGUGUUUAUCAGACAUACAUCAAUGCCAUGAAUGAGAAAAUUCGGCGACAGAUAACCAUUAGUAAUCCAUUUGUGUUCAAGCAUAUCAUCAAUCUGAAGAAUAUGGAACAGUUUGAAGACAUCGGCCCAUCAGUUGUGCUGGCUAGUCCAGGUAUGAUGCAGAGUGGUUUGUCAAGAGAACUUUUUGAAAGCUGGUGCACUGAUAAAAGAAAUGGCUGCAUCAUUGCUGGCUACUGUGUUGAAGGGACAUUAGCUAAGCACAUACUGUCUGAACCCAAUGAAAUAGUAACACAGGGUGGUCAGAAGUUGCCACUCAAGUGUUCUGUUGAUUACAUCUCAUUUUCUGCCCACGCUGACUACAAGCAAACAUCAGGAUUCUUACGAGAGCUGAAACCAGCUCAUGUGGUCUUGGUUCACGGUGAAGUCAACGAAAUGGCCAGAUUAAAGUCAGCAUUGUUGAGAGAGUAUGAAGAUGACACAGAGUAUAAGAUGGAGGUGCACAAUCCUCGUAAUACAGUUCCCAUUGAGUUACACUUCAGAGGAGAGAAAAUAGCAAAGGUUGUGGGAGAGUUGGCAGCAGAGCCACCAAAACAAGGACACCUAAUAUCUGGAAUUCUAGUCAAACGAAACUUCAAUUACCACAUUGUCUCCCCUAAAGAUUUACAAAGCUACACAGAUCUAGCAAUGAGCACAGUCUCCCAGCGACUCAGUGUUCUUUUUUCUGGCAGUCCAAGUUUAUUGACCUACUAUCUUAAUCAACUAGCUGGUGACAUUGAGGUCAUCAAGAGUACGCCCAACACCAUUCUGAAAGUAUUCAACUCAAUCCAGGUGUCUCUUGAAUCUGGUGUGGCAUAUAUUGAAUGGACAGCCAACCCUGUCUCUGACAUGUAUGCUGAUGCUGUCAUUGCUGUCCUGUUGCGUGCUGAGCAAGAUCCCACCCCCUUUCAAAAUGUACCCCCUGUACUGAGAGUAGACAGAGCCCACUUUCAGGAAUGUUUGUUGGAAACUUUAGCUGAAAUGUUUGGCCCUGAAUGCACCAGUAAAGUAUUUGAGAGAGACCGUUUGACAGUCACAGUAGAUGAUAAGGCUGCCAUUAUUCAUCUGGACACAUUGGAGGUGAAAUGUUCUGACGAGACCCUGCAACAAGUGCUACACAGCACAGUGACAAGGUUACACCAAGCCAUCAACCCCAUCAGAUUUUAAUUUCACACUUUAUGUUGUUGUAAAUGUUUGAUUCUGUACCAUUUUUUGCCAUAUUAAAUCAAAAUAAAACCUAUGCUUUUCA